AUGAAAGCGGUUAGCUCUUCCACGUCCAAUACACUUAAAGUUAUUUUUUCGCUGACGUUUACUAUGAUUUCUUGUACACCUGCUCUUUCCGGUGACUCGCUUAUAUUGCGUGGUCGCCCUGGCCCACAAGGCCAACCCCCUAAAGAACGGGUGCUCCAUCUUGCUGAUUUGUCCGCGCCCCGGAUUGGAACGGCGACCCGCGAAGAUGAACCAUGGGCAUUCGAAUCUCGUGAAUUUCUCCGUCAGCUCGCCGUGGGCAAAGAAAUAACAUUCACCUCGAUCCAUUCGCUCCCAACUAACGAUGACAUUCCUCGCGACCUUGGUAAUGCCGAGAUCGGUGGAGUUGAUUUAACAACAGAACUCCUGAAAAGUGGCUGGGCCAAGCUGAAGGAAAUCAAACGAGAGGCGACUGAAGACGACAUUAAGAAAAAGGAGCUCGAAGCCGAGGCCAAAGCUUCUGGUAAAGGAAUCUGGAACCCCCAUGGACAAAAGGCACGAACUGUCCACCAUGCCAUGCCGACUGACUCCCAAGCAUUUGUGACAGAAUGGAAAGGAAAGCAAUUAGACGCUCUCGUUGAGCAAGUCAGGGAUGGGACAACCCUGCGCGUACGCCUAUUUAUGCCGGAUGGUGACCACCAGAUGGUUAACAUAGCACUGGCUGGUGUAAGGAGUGCCCGUGCUUCUUCAAAACAAGGAGAGCCUUCCGAGCCAUGGGGCGAAGAAGCUAAAUUCUUCACUGAAUCGCGACUACUUCACCGCCCUGUCAAAGUCCAAAUUCUAUCUCUACCGACUUCGACUGCUACACCUUUCCAAACAUCUGCCACCGCAGCGGCUCCCCCUCCUGCUAGCAUAUUUAUUGGAACAGUUAUUCAUCCCGCCGGCAAUGUUGCUGAACAUCUGGUUGCCUCUGGUUUGGCUCGUGUGGUUGACUGGCAUGCUGGCAUGCUCGCGAUCGGUGGUGGUAUGGAGCGCUUGCGAGCGGCGGAACGGUCCGCUAAAGAACGACGCCUAUGCCUGUACGCAAAUAGCCCAGCUGUAACUUCAGCCUUUAAAGGAAGCAAUGGUGCGACUUCUAACGGCCACUCUCGUACAUUCGAUGCGACUGUUGUCCGCAUCUGGAGCGGAGACCAGCUUUCUGUUCUCGAAAAGGAUACAAAUAUUGAACGCCGCCUUCAAUUGAGCUCUACUAGAGGACCAAAACUUGCUGACGCGCGACAAGCUUUUUAUGCCCAGGAAGCCCGCGAGUUCUUGCGCAAAAAGCUCAUUGGAAAAAAUGUCAAAGUCCACAUCGACUUUAUUCGACCCCGUGAAGGUGAAUUCGAGGAGCGCGAGUGCGCAACAAUUCGGUACGGUGGUCAUGGGGCAAACAUUGCGGAACAGUUAGUCGAAAAAGGUCUGGCGAGCGUGGUGAGACACAAGCGCGACGAUGAGGAUAGGUCUUCAGAUUACGACAAACUCAUGGCCGCCGAACAGAUAGCUGUAACAGAACAAAGGGGGAUUCAUUCUGGAAAGGAGGUUCCGGCACCAAAACAACCCUUGAAUAUAUCUGAGACAAGUGGCCGUGCGACCCAAUUCUUGAAUGGCUUCAAGCGCCUAGGACGAAUCCCGGCAGUUGUCGACUAUGUUGCAGCUGGUUCUCGGUUCAAUCGUCCAUUUGCUAAAGGUUAUUCAGGCAUCCGUGCACCUCGAACGGCGCGCAACUCGUCUGAAAAGGGAGAGCCUUACGGCGCUGAAGCUUAUGACUUUGCUUCUCGCAGGUACAUGCAGAGAGAUGUUGAAUUUGAAGUUGAUACCAUCGAUAAAUCCGGAGGGUUCAUUGGUUCACUAUAUGUGAACAAAACUGAAAAUGUCGCUCUGACACUUGUCAAGGAAGGCCUUGCCACAAUUCAUGCCUUUUCCGCUGAAUCCCUGCCAUGGGCUCGUCAGCUAUUCGAAGCUGAGGAAGAGGCUAAGCAAGCAAGACGCAAUAUCUGGAGUACUUAUGAUGAGGAGUCAUCCAAAGCUGCAGAAGCAGCCGCUGCGGCCGAGAACGAAUCAGGCCCCCUAAAAACUGAGUACUUGGAUGUGAUCGUUAGCGAUGUUCGAACAAAAAAUGGCUUCCAAUUCUCCGUUCAAGUACUGAAUACUCAAGGUAUUGCCGCUCUUGAAAAACUCAUGCGAGAGUUUUCCAUCCACCACCGUGGUGCAGUUGCAUCUCCUCCAGGUUUUUCACCUAAAGGGGGAGACCUUGUGUCUGCAAAAUUCUCUGACGGGGCUUGGUACCGGGCAAAAAUUCGUCGUGCCUCUCCCAUAAAAAAGGAGGCUGAAGUCACCUUUAUCGACUACGGCAACCAAGAUACCGUGGCCUUCUCUGAUAUCCGUCCCCUCGAUGCACAAUUCCGUUCAUUGCCAGGGCAGGCCCAGGAUGCACGCUUGAGUUUCGUGAAGCUCGCUGGCCCCGAGAGUGAUUACCACGUCGAGGCUGUGGAGCGCUUCCGAACAAUUUGCGAGGGCCGUAAAUUGGUCGCCAAUAUUGACUACAAAGAGGGUCCUCUUCUGCAUCUUCGCCUUAUUGACCCCUCAAACCCUGCGGUUGCCGAAGAUCCUUUGGCCUGCAUUAAUGCAGAUCUGGUUGCCGAAGGGCUGGCCUCGAUUGACAAAAGGGGUUGCAAGUAUUUCUCCUCGUACCCUCAGGUCCUUAAAAAAUUGCAAUUGUCUGUCGCAGAGGCCAAACGCGACCGCGCUGGUAUGUUCGAGUUCGGCGACGUCGAAGAGGAUGAGUGA